ACGUUGGAUUCAUUCUUGGUGCCCACUAAUAUAUUGGAUGUUAGGUUUGUUCUUUGUGCCCACUAAUAAUACAUUGGACGUUGUGCCCACUAAUAAUACAUUGGACACGUUGAAUUCUUGUUGCCCACUAAUAUAUUGGAUGUUGAAUUCAUUCUUGGUGUCCACUAAUAUAUUGGACGUUGGGUUUGUUCUUGGUGUAAUAAUGUAUUGGACGUUGGAUUCAUUCUUGGUUCCCACUAAUAUAUUGGAUAUUGGGUUUGUUCUUGAUAUUGGGUUUGUUCUUGGUGCUAAUAAUAUAUUGGACGUUGGAUUUAUUCUUG